AUGGCCACAUCGCGCCCCACAAUGAAAGCAUGGCUGUACAGCCACACAGCAGGCGGUCUAGAAAAAAACAUACACCUUGACACAUCCGCACGCACACCCUCGCCCCCACGCCCAAAUGAAGUCCUCGUCCAAGUCCUCGUCGCAUCCCUCAAUCCAGCAGACUACAAAGUCCCCGAGAUGUUUCUCGGCCUCGCAGCAAAGCUAGUAAUCGGCACACCCGCAACACCAGGAAUGGACUUCUGCGGACUUGUUAUCGCACUCGGUUCUAACGUGACAACGUUCACGACCGGACAGCUCGUUUAUGGAUGUCCGAGUCGACCGGUGAAGUUCGGGUCGUUGGGCGAGUGUCUAUGCAUCUCGGCGGAUUUGAUCGCGCCGGUUCCGGAGGGUGUGGCUGUAGAACAGGCGGCUGGGAUUGGGAUUGCGGGACAAACAGCGUUGCAGUCGUUAGAUGGGUAUGUGAUGGCUGGUGAUAAGGUUUUUAUUAAUGGUGGAUCUGGAGGUUGUGGGGUUUUUGCUAUUCAGAUUGCGAAGAACAUGGGCUGUCAUGUUACUGCUACUUGUUCGACGAGGAAUGUGGAGCUUUGUCGGGGGCUUGGGGCGGAUGAGGUCAUUGACUAUACUGUUGAAAGGGAUUUGAGUGCGACGUUGCAGGAACGGGGCGUGGUUUUUGAUCAUAUUUUGGAUCAUAUUGGCCUUCCUUAUGAUCUUUACUUUCAGUGUCAUCAUUUUUUGAAACCUGAGGGUGUAUUCUUGCAGGUUGGGGCUAACAGCAUGUCUACUCAUGUAGGGAGAGUUGGGUGGCCCAGGUUGUUGGGUGGUGGGCGGAGGAAGUACACGAUUUUCUUCUUUGCUAAUACGCAGGCGCAUAUUGUUGCGAUUGGAAAAAUGCUGCAGAAGGGGACUUUGAAGGUGCAUGUGGAUAGUGAGUACGAGUUUGAAGAUGCUGUCAAAGCAUUUGAUAAGCUGCGUUCGGGGAGGACCAGAGGUAAAGUCUUGGUGCAUGUUUCCAAGCAAUGA